AAUCCUUUCCUCUCAUCUUCACUUCGAGCAAGUGAACAUAUCACUGUUAAAAAAUACCAAAAAAUCGCACUCAAACACCAACAGAACCCCUCAAAGGCAUUGUUCUUACUAGAUGAAAGCCAUCACUAGCCUAUCCUGGUUUUUACAUCCGCAUUGAUAGCAAAUUCGGUGAAUUUUUAGAAGUUUCUUUUGGCAUUGUGCGGGUGUGUGUUUGUCAGUCAAAGUAUUUGCCUUUGCCAAGACAUGAUAGACUUUUUGAGUAUUGACUAUUUACUUUCGUAACUACGCUUCAAGGCUAGAAUGUAAGCCCAUUUAUUAGCCAUGGUUUCUAAAAUUGGAGUUAUAUUCUGCAUGACGUGAACUGGAGCUUUGAAUAUAGCUGCGGAUCUUUAUAUACGAUGGAUAGAAUGAAAGGCACAGAGACAGAAGAGCCGCCUCACGUUCUAGUUUGUAGUAAGAUGGAAAAGAUUAUUCACAUGAUGCAAGAUGAAAAGAUAGGAGUCCCUAUCAGGACUGUAAAGAGUUUCAUGUCUAAGAUUCCUAGUGUUUUGACAGGAUCAGAACUUAUUGACUGGAUGGUUGAGCACUUGGCAAUAGAAGAUAGAGGUGAAGGUGUUCAUUUGGCUUCCUUGUUAGCUGCAUAUGGUUACAUAUUCUCCAUUACGGACCAUCAUUUAAUGGUCAAAGAUGAUGGAUCAUACUACAGAUUUCAGACUCCUUAUUUUUGGUUAUCAAAUAAUUGGGAACCAGAAAACAUAGACUAUGCUGUUUAUCUUUGCAAAAGAACUAUGCAGAAUAAGUCUAGAUUAGAGUUGGAUGAUUAUGAGGCAGAAAAUUUAGCAAAACUUCAAAGAACUUUGUCUAGGAAAUGGGAAUUUAUUUUCAUGCAAGCUGAGGCUCAGGCUAAAGUUGAUAAAAAGAGGGAUAAGAUGGAAAGGCAGAUACUAGACAGUCAAGAAAGAGCAUUCUGGAAUGUUCAUAGACCUCCUCCGGGGUGCGUAUCAGUGACUGAAGUUGACAUCAAAAAAGCUUGCAAAUCCGAAGUCUCUCCAAACACUAGACGAAAGGCUAAGGUUUUGCGUUCUGGAUUAUCAAGUCUAGAAAAUUGUUCUCCCCUUGCUGCUUUCACUGCACUAGAUGAAGUUAGGAUUGAGGUCAAAGAACUGAAAGAAAACCUUCACAGAAGAAGAAUGAAAACCUCCCAGGCCUCUGAAAGUUUAAUCCAACAUUAUGAACUAUAUGCAGAGUACGACUCAUUCAUAUCUUGUCCAGAGCCAUCCAAUCCCUGGAUAACUGAUGACAUUACCUUAUGGGAACAAGAUAAUUCCUUAUCUUACGUUCCUCCUAAGAGGGUCAAGCGAUGGGGCUUCUCAUUGUCUGAGCUACUCCAAGAUCCCCUGGGGAGAAGACAUUUUACACGAUUCCUUGAAAAGGAAUUCAGUGCAGAGAAUUUAGGAUUUUGGUUGGCUUGUGAGAAGCUCAAAGCAACACCAGUUAAACAUGUUCCAGAGAAAGCUAAAGAGAUUUUUAAUGAAUACUUAUCCAAGGAUGCAACAUCUCCCAUCAACGUAGAUUGCAAAACACAUGAAGAAGUAGAACUGAAUCUAAAGAAUCCUGGUAGAUAUAUGUUUGAUGCUGCACAGGAUCAUAUAUUCCAACUCAUGAAGUCAGACAGUUAUAGCAGAUUCCUACGUAGUGAACAAUAUAAAGAGCUUAUGAAAGCACCUGCUUUCAAACAAAAAAGUCCUCUCCCAACAAGACCCCUUCAAAACCUUGCUCGCAUCGCUGGCUCGAAAACAUGACCUGGUUGUCAUGGAAACCAAAGAAAUUGAUUUUGUAAACUUAUUUGAUUGCUAUGUAUACGAUACAUAUAAUAUAGAUAAUAUAGCAAUAGAUAUGACAAAAAAUUAUCGUUCAAAAAAAGAUUAUUUCUUACGCAGAAAUUAUUUCAAUUUUAUUGUUAAUUGAAGCAAUUUUGGAAGCAGUCAGACAAUUUUCUAAGAUAGUUAGAUUGCGUUAAUUAUUUCUACAUUAUUAUAGCCAACGUAGCGGCUCGG